CUGGACGAGCAAAGCUCAGCAUCCUCAGCCUCUCCUGGUCCACACCAACAACCGCAGUCAUGAAUGUAGGUAUCUGUGUGUGUGUUCUCCUGGCUGCUCUGUCCAGCGGUUCCCUGAGUCUGCCCUCACAGUCCAUCCACCAGAGAUCUGAGGGUGAGGCUCUCCUGUCAGACAACCUGCCCUCCCCCUCACCCAACCACACGCGCCAGGUCCGCUCAGCUCCAGCGCCCCCGUCAGGGCAACUCGCCAACUACAACCAGCCCCGGGAGGACACAGACCCUAGAAACGGCCUGAGCCAGCUACUGGCCAGAAUCCUCUCCAGGAAAGGCUCUCCCCACCAGGCCAGAUCCUCCCUCACCAGCAGAGCCAGUGGUCUGUCCCCGGCCCACAGGAUAAAGGACAGAGAUUAUCUCGGCUGGAUGGACUUUGGGAGACGCAGUGCAGAGGAGUACGAAUACUCCGCCUAAAGGCAUGGCUCGUUUCUACCAAUGAAUCUGAGUUAAAAAAACAACAACCCUGAACCGCCAAUAAAAGUUUGCAGAAAUAAUGAGCCCUUUUCACACUGCACUGACUGUAACCCAGGGCUGAGGUGACUGGGUCUGAGUGUGAAGAUCCUAUAUAAUGAUGUGGCUUAAUAUCACCAGACAUUUACCAUUAGCACUAAAAAAAGGUUAUAAAAAAAACUGCAUUUACUAUCAAGUCUUAAUAUAAAUAUGACAUUAUAGUAAUUCAUAAUAUUUCGAAGAAUAAUAUACUUGCAAUAGUCCCCUAAUAUUUGGAUGGUAUCAGAACUGAUUAUCAAUCACGGAAUUUUCUUUAAAAUUGAAUUUCAGCCUUAUUUCAGGGAGAUUAAUUAAUGUGUUAAGGCAAAAAUUUAUGCCACUUAAAUAAGUGAAUAAGUGUCAACAUGUCUCAUUUUACUGACGUUCCCGAUCGUAUCAGAGGCCCUUUAUUGAACCUAAAUGAGCAACUAAAUUGUAUUUGGAAAAAUUUGGCAGAAGCGCAGAUUUAUGUUUGUAUCUUUGAUUGCAGCUCAGUUCUCUUCAAUGUUACACCAGUGCACAGUUUGAAACAUAUAACUUGUCUGGUGCAUCUGAAGAGAACAGAGUGCUGUGAAAUAAAAAAUCAAGCGGUUCAAGUAUCAGUGGGGAGUCGGUAACAGUUUCCAUGGACUGGAAAUCAAACAGCACCUGGAACCUGCCAGCUGAAGUUGACCCUGGGCUGAAAAUGUACAGUGUGAAAAGCACAGAAUGUUUUGAAAGCACAACGUGUCAUGUGAGAAGCUUGGGAGUCUCCCCAAAAUUGCAUAAUGGACUUCCGUGGCUCACACAUUGAAAAUCAGAACUACCAGUACUGUAGAUAUGAGUUAAGGAGUGUCUUUCUUUCUUUUGGAGGAUCAUAUCAUAUAUAUGUAUGUAUAUAUGUAUGCGCUCUUACAGGUUCAGUCUGUAUGUUUCUACAAACAUUCAGAUUCAGCACUAUUCAAAAUAAAGCUCCACUCGCU